GCUGAUCAGAUUCUACACAAGUAUUCGUAUGUGUCAUGUCAAUAUUAAACUACCAGCAUCUGUGCUCAAAAGAGCAUGUGAUCCUAUGCUAAUUUAUAUUUUUGACUGUCAAUAUUUCAGUGUGCAUGUUGUUGUGAUGAGAGAAGCUGUCAUCACAGAGCCUGUGGUACAGUGUGAGGUUUAACAUCUCAGCUUUGACACACUAGCUGCGUGCCAAGGUUGCUUCCCCCUGUUCCAUGACUGCUGGCCCGGUAAAUGGACACCACAUGCACAACAGGACAUGGAUCGAACAUAGGGAUGGAUGAGGACAGGAGACCUCAUGGAGGGACAGAUGAGGAGAAAGAAGAGAGAAGGCAAUGAGAGGAAAGUGUACAGGAGGUCGAAGACACUCGCUGGCUGUCCCAGCACCAGGCCAUCAUGAAUUUGUGACAGAACCUCAGCGUUGUGUUGGCAGCAUUAGCUAAUGAGGUGGAGGCAGCAUUCACCUUAGCCCACCACAGACUGACCUGAGCCCUGCCUGAGUCUUAGCAGCGGAACCCCCGUGCAUGCACCAGCAAGGAUCCGGUAAUUAAACCAACGAAGAUACGUAAAAGUGUGAGGACGUAAACUGGUGUAAUCGGAUGUUGUGACAGCUGCAGACACCGGACAUUGUUGCUAUCUGAACAAUAAACUGGUGCCGUUUGUUGCUGUUGUUUAGCCGGCUGAGACUCCAGAGAGGCUGCUUAAACUCCUGGAGCUGUCCAAUGUAGGAGCCGUCCAAGUUCAUGCUGAUAAGAAGAGCAAGUCAACAUGCCUCCAAAACAACUCACUAGAAAAGAGCAAAGGACAUUGUACACCUCAUUGGCAGGAGAGGCCUCAUUCAAGACGACCUUGACAUCUCUGGUGAGCCAAGGUUUGUUGUUAGGAAAACAGCAACUAAACUCACAGAAGUUGAUGUACCCCGUUAUCAAAUCUCUGGUGAUCAUGGCCGGGACCGUCAUGCUGGCCUACUACUUCGAGUACACCGACACCUUCAGUGUGCACGUGCAGGGCUUUUUCUGCUACGACACCACCUACACCAAACCCUACCUAGGACCCGAGGACAGCAGCGCCGUCCCGCCCGUCCUGCUGUACGCCGUGGUGGCCGGGCUGCCCACGCUGAUGAUCACAAUAACGGAGACUGUGCUGUUCCUGGUCCAGUACACGUCCAAAGAGUUUGACCGGUCAGAGAAGACAGUGGCCACUGGGGAUUGCUGUUACCUCAAUCCGCUGGUGCGCAGGACCUUCCGCUUCCUUGGAGUCUACACCUUUGGCCUCUUCACCGUUGACAUCUUUGUCAAUGCAGGCCAGGUAGUGACGGGGAACCUGGCACCCUACUUCCUGACGGUCUGUAAGCCAAACUACACGGCACUGGGCUGCCAGCAAGCGCUGCGCUACAUCAGCCACCAGGAGGCCUGCACAGGAAACCAGGACGACAUCCUGCAUGCCCGCAAGACCUUCCCAUCCAAGGAGUCUGCACUCAGUGUCUACGCUGCACUCUACCUGGCUAUGUAUGUGACGUGCACGGUGCAGGCGAAGGGUACUCGUCUGGCCAAGCCAGUGCUGUCUCUCGGGCUCAUGUGUCUGGCAUUUCUCACCGGUCUGAACCGUGUGGCUGAAUACCGCAACCAUUGGUCAGACGUCAUCGCUGGCUUUAUCAUCGGCACUGCCAUUGCCACUUUCCUGGUGGUGUGUGUGGUCCAUAACUUCAAAGGCAAGUUACUGCUGAGCGAGGAGUCACCAGCGGAGCAGCGACCCAACACAGCCAUACUGAACAUGGGCCGAAUGGAGAGUCCUUUGGAGAAGUAUAUCGCUUCACAGGACACUACUCUCUGCCCUGCAAGACAACGUUUUGGACGCCCAUCUUUGAAAAGAGUGCUUUCUCCUCUCCUGAGCUCCCGUCUCCUGCCUCGUGUUCUCCUGUCUCCCAUGUGUGUGUCUCCAGCCUCUGAUCUCUAACCCCGCUGAGCAAAGGACGGUAUCAGUAGCCAUUAUCCAUCAUUCUACUCACUGCUUGUUUUCAUCUUGUACAAUAAAACCAUCUGUGUCUCCAGCUUGGUGUCUCCGGCCUACUAUAUCCGCAACAGAUACUGCUUACCUUUGGAUAAUCCUCACUGAAUGCUCAGAGAAACUGCAGUAUCUACCAACAAAAUGUGUUCGCAGUUAGUUUGCUUAAGAAAAUUAAUUGUAGUUUGAUCAUUAUUUGAGGUUCAUAGCUUAUCGGAAUCAAGUGUUUCUGUCGUAAUGCACGAUCCGAGAACCCAAGAAUACAGAACACAAGAUUGUUUUGAGGUAAGUCAGUAUUUAUUUAAACAGUAAGAGAUGAAGGGAGAUAGCACUUCUCCAUAGUGGUAGAACCGGUGCCGUCUACUGUAGCCCCAGAAGAAGCGGUAAGCCUGGCCCCGGGCGGACUGCGAAGUUCCAGGAACGGAGACUGGGGAGGUGUGUUCCGGCCUGGUUUGUGUAGGGCGAUGUGUAGGCCUGGCAGCGGAUCCGCAGAGUGGAGUAGACCGGAUUGGCAGUGGCUCGUGAGGUGUAGCUGGCAGGACAGCUAGCAGGGAUAGCGUGGCAGACGAGACAGGUUGGCAGAGAUCCAGGAGGAGACCGUGACUGCGAUCGCCGGCGAGGGGUUGUUCUGAGACAAAACGAGAUAACUAGACAGAACUACAAUAGUACUUAGCUUGGUCAAGCAGGGAGCCACGGUGUCGUACAAGUGUACGGAGACGAUCUGGCGCUGGUAGUGUGGAAGAGCCAGGUAUUUAUGCUGUGGAGACUGUUAGUAAUGGGCGUCGGGUGUGCCGGUGAUCAGCAGCAGGCGGGAGACCAGGGAGCCAGACCAGGAGACACACACACACACACAACUCGAGACAAACAGAGGACACACAAGGAGAGGAAAGCACACCAGUGCCUGCAGGGGUCGAACGGGCAUGGUGGCUGACUAUGACAGUUUCUGUGUUCAGCUGUCUAUCUGUCUGAAUACCAAUAAUAUUUAUAUUGAAUCAAUAUAAUAUUAAUUUACAAUUGAAUACAUUUAAGGUAGCUUAACCUCACUAGAGUCAAAUAAUGAGAUGGCAGCUACUGACAUCUGCUAAGCUUGCUACCUGUAGCAGGUUUAGCUGUUUUUUUUCCUUCUCCAUCAUGAAUUGAUGUAGUUGCUGCUUUAUUUAAUUAUGUGGAAUAACAAACUGAAUAACCAAAAUGUUACCAGCCUAGGUAACAAUACAAAGCCGGAAUGCAGUAACUACACAGCCAAAGUGCAGAUACUGCGUUUUUAGGUCAGUUUUUUUAUGACUGCAAAUUUAAAAAGCUGUUUUCACAGAAAUGACACAUUACUGUGGAAUAAUAUUUUUUAUAUUGUGCAGUGUCUAAAUUUAAAAUGUUAACACACCCACAAACACACUGCUGCUGUAGGAGAUGGAUGAUGAAGAUGAAGAGUCUGGCUACAUUAAGAAACGCCUCCUGGCCUUCCUGCACUGGCUGCAGGGUCUCGACUGGUCCCAGUGUCUCAGAAACAAAAGGCAACAAACUGUGAAAAUGCUGUGCUCUGCCAAAUCUCUGGACACAUCUAUACUGUACCUUUAUUUUUAUUCCACAUGUGAAUUCGACUGAUACGACUGGCUAAUAUUGUUCUGCAGAUCUGGUCCAGCCUUGGUUUGACUGUGUGAGAGGGAGAGUAAUAUUUAUUUACCAUUAUAACAACAAUAAAAAAAUAAUCAUGAUGAUAAUAACAACAGCAGCAAUAAUAGUAGUCAAUAGUAAUAAUGGUCAAAUGACAAGAGCGGGGGGGGGGGGGGUGUAAUACCACCACCAUCAUCCCCAACAACAGCACCCUGAGAUGUGUGAAAUUUACUGUUAGCUAGACUGAUGGUUCCCAAACUUUUUCUAUCAUGCCCCACUUUGGAAAAAAAUGUCCAAACCACCCCAAAAAGUAAAUUGAUUGCAUUUUUAUCAACAAGUAAUUCGAAUUUUACUGAAAUAAGAUUAUCAAGACCAUGAACUGUGUGUUUCUAUAAAUGCAUGUAUCUCAUUAGGUUAUAUACUGUGCAAAUGAAAAAUGCAAGUUACACAUUGUCCAAACUUCCAGAGAUUUUAGACACAAGGCCCUUCUGCUAUAAUAACAGUGAUCAUGAUAGAACAAGAGGCUUUAAUAUAUUUUGGAUUAGACUGGUGUUUUCGCUUAAUGAGAAUCAUCUGUUCAUCUUGUAUUUUACAUGUUAUGUUUGUCUGAAUUAAUCUUGCUGAUCUGCUGAAUCUUGAUAGCCUUGCAGCAUCAGAGCACUCUUGUCGUUUUGACCUGUCAUACUAAGAAAAGCACAGGUGGAACUAAUACAAUCAACAAUGUCUCUGUUUAAGCAAUGAUUGCAACUACAGAUACUAAUACUACUACAACUGAUAAUGUUAUUAGUGAUACCUGUUUUUCAUAGGUCAAAAUGUCUGCUGUAAAAAAGGUUUAUUCAACCUUAGCUUCACUCCACCCCUGUGAAACCCCUCGGGGGCCCUCAGGAAAGCCUGCCCACCAGUUUGGGAACAACUAAUCUAGACCAACAAGUCCCCUUCACUAAAUGAUAAAAUAUGUCAUUUGUCAUUGCCUUCCAAAAUGUUUUCUGAUUUUGCUCCUGUAUCAGUUGGACAUCGCUAUUUGUCACUGCUGUGGUUACAGUUUGAUCAUAGUUUGGGUAAAAAUAACUACUUGGUCAUGGUUAAAAGAAACCAAGGUCAAAACAGUGGCUUCCCAUUAAAAUCACACGCUUUGUUGACCCAUCCAUCCGCCUCACACAUGUGGGAUAAAGCAGGCUACCACAUGACAGAAGCAUGGACGUCCAUGUUUUAUACAUGGACGUCGCAGUGUCCAUGACAUCACCUGUAGGUUUCUGAAGAGCGGUUUUGAAGCUCAAAGUGGGAGGUGCCGGCUGUCACCAUCAUGGCAGUGCGUCACUCGGCCCAACUCCCGGAUAACCAAAGAGGUGGAGCGUAUGUGGAGCUGAGGUGCCUGGUUGCUGAAACCUAGCCCACCUAGCUUGAAGUUGCCAAUCUACCUAAGGCUAAGAAGCUAGGCUAUAUGCUACUCUGCGUUGCUAGCCAGCUAAAACCCUGUGCUAUGCGGUAGGCAGUCUACGGUUGAUACCCAGUUGUCAUCUCAGCUUACUCUUGAGGUAAGUUAAACUGAAACUAUACAACAGAACUUUAAAUGAUUUAUAUGUUAUUGAGAUUAUCCUAAACAAGAUUUAAAAUGCCUCAACGUUUUUUUAAAUGUAUAAUUAAGUAAUUUGCAACACUAGAUUUUGUCGAGACUUGCAGAAAUUUAAUGCAAUUUUAGAGUUUCACGUAACCUUAGUUGCGAGUCAUUUAUUUGGAUGUCACUUCAUUAUGAUGUUACUUUUAAUAAGUUAACAUUAAUAAGCUAACGUUAAGUUGCAUGUUACAUGUCAUUGCAUAGUCAUAAUUAUUAUUGCCGCUUUUUUUUUAGCCUAUUAAGGAGUUAUACCAAACAAGAAAUUUGAAAAUCUGCAGUUCGAUUCUCAGUGCGGAUGCGUCAGUGCAUAACGCCCUACGGAUUAUUAUAAUUUCCCACAGAGCUAUUUUGAUUUUGUUUUAUGUACUGCUACAGCAGCACUGUGCAAUAUUUGACUGGUGAGAAAGAAAAGCACUUUUAAAUUUGUUACAAGAUGUUUAUUUCUUUCAGUCCUUGUUGAGGUCAUGGCCAUUUGUGAUGCCGCCACACUACGCCUGCUACACAGCAUGAACUGUCAGUACCAGCUUUGGCUACUUGACUUUAGACAGCUGCUUUUACAUUGUCUGUCUUCAAAACAAUUUUUAAGAUUAUCAUCUAUAUUUUGAAGUGUUGCUCCAUUGUUCCAUUUUCUCCUACAGAUGUGACAUAAUAGUAUUGUAAACAUGAAAAACUAAGCCACCCUUUAUACUGUAGUUAACUUUAUAGGUUUCAUUAGCUGAAG